AUGUCGAAACCGCAAGCAGAGGUGAUCCAAGAAUGGGCCGAUGCCGACUCGGACGGCUACACCUUCGAGCGCGGUCGCAUGGAGAAGAACGUCCAGGCCAUCUGCUUUGGCGACAAUGCCGCCGUGCUCCCCGCCAGCAUCGCACAGGGCCCUUCGGCCGGCCUCAAGCUCAAGAAGGAGGACGUGGACUUGCUCACAAACCAGCUUCUCCUCUCCAGACCAGCAGCGGAGGCGGCGCUCGCCAAGAACGGAGGCGACCUGGAAAAGACGCUCGCAGACGUCGUCAUGCCGCCACCAGACUGGUGA